UCACCAAGAAAAAGUGAAACUUCUCUGCGGUCUCCAUUGCAUCACCGAGACCGAUAAAAGGAAAAGAAAGCUUCCCGUUCCUAAUUACGUAAACACGGUUAAAGCAUGGGUUGCUUACUACUAUAGUGUGCACCUGAAGUUAAAGUGCGUGGACAGUAAAUGUGUGCAGCUAGAUUGACUCGACGAAUUAUGUUAUUUCAUGAAAGGCAUGUCUGAAGAUGGACUUACAAAUCGACUUUUUCCACAGAAAAGACAACGACAUGCACAUUCUUAAAAGUUGCGAGAGCUCAGAGGAUGAUGGGAAAAAGAUGAAGAGAAGAGAGAAAAACAGAGUGGCUGCGCAAAGGAGUCGGAAAAAACAGACGCAGAAAGCCGACUUACUGCACAAGGAGUUUGAGUGCCUGGAGCAGGAGAACAGCCUGCUGAAGAAGGAGGUGCAAGCCCUGCGGGAGGAACAGAGGAGUCUGACGGAGGCCCUGGAGGCCCACGAGCCGCUGUGCCCCUUCCUGCACUGCGCCAUGAAACUGGUGUCCAGCCCGAGGUCAGAGGUCAUGGCCAGCUGUCUCCCCAGAUAGGGCUGCAGUUCGGCCCAAGGUUGACCUUUUGCGCUUACACAGAUCUCAGGAGUCCCCCCUCCCCCCCUGAGGUGCACAGGGCGUGGGCUGCACCUGCAUUUGACUCUGCCUCUAUGAUCAGGAGGAUUCCGGAAAGUUGGAAAAACGGAACAUUCCAGGGUUUUGACUGUUCUGUAAAAACCUGCAGCCCACGGGUCUCGCAAGCUUGGUGUGGUCUCGCAAGCUUCCAGAUUGAAAGACAGUGAUCUCGCAAGCUUUCAGAUUGUGCGCGCUUCUGAAUCUGUUGUCAUGUACAGGUACAUAACCUUGUAGCCUGUUGUGUGAAAUGUAAAUAAAGCCAGAUAUUUGGAAGGUGAUGUAAAAAUAAACAGUCUCUUAAGCUGCC